GGGCUCCACAGGAGGCGGAGAGGCUGCGGGAGAGUCUGGCGGGGGGAGAUCCAGAAGUUCCACUGAUACACAAAGUCGAAAGCAUUUGAAAUCUUUGCAAGGCAAUUUUUUUCUCUUGGGGGAAGAAGAAAAAGAGCGGAAUCCCUUGCAGGGAUCAGUCCUGCAGCCCCAGAAAUGGUCCCGUGAAGGAAAAGGCAUCUGGAGACCCACCAGAGUCCUUGGAGCCAUUUGCAGUUGCUCUGCAGGACAGAGAAAGGAUGGAGACACAACCUUUUGGAAAGGAGGGAAGCGGAAAAGGCCCUUCAGCUGCUCAGCCUGGGAAGGAGAUCCUGGAGGAGGAAACCAUCCUCCCUUCACAAGUUCAGCCCUGGAAGUUCAUCCAAUACCGGGAGGCUGAGGGUCCCCGAGGACUUUGCAGCCGACUCCAUGGUUUUUGCAGGCGAUGGCUGAGGCCAGAGAAGAACACCAAAGCUCAGAUGCUGGACCUGGUGGUUCUGGAGCAGCUCCUGUUCCUUCUGCCCCCAGAGAUGGAGGGCUGGGUGCGGGAGUGUGGAGCAGAGACCAGCUCCCAGGCGGUGGCCCUGGCGGAAGGCCUCCUCCUGAGCCAGGUGGAGGAGCAGAAGGAGCAGGUGGAGUUGCAGUGCUGCACUGUGGAGAUCAGAGAUCCUGAAGGAAGGAAGAACCCAUCAAAUCCCCCCCAGGAGCUAUUUUCCAGGAGGAUCCCUUGGGAGGAUCAAAGUCAGGACACCUCAGGAGAGAAAGAAAGAAAGAAUUUUUCUGGUUUUCAUGAUGGCGAUCAAUCAGCGGCUGAACCUCUAAAUCAGGAGAGUCUUGUGUCCUUCGAGGAGGUGGCUGUGUAUUUCUCUGAGGAGGAAUGGUCUCAGCUGGAUCCUGACCAGAAAGCGCUGCAUUCGGAAGUCAUGCUUGAAACCCAUAGGAACGUGGUCUCUCUCGGUAAUAAUGGGCAGGAGAGUCAGGAUUCCUGUGAACUGUUCCAAGUGAUCAAUGCUAAAUUACUUACAGGAAUUCACACUGAGGAGAAACUAUACAAAUGCAGAGAGUCUGCUAACAGGUUCAGAAGACGUAGUAAUCUUAUUUCCCCUAAAAGAAUACACGUAGGGGAAAAGCCAUUUAAAUGCAUGCAGUGUGGGAAAACCUUUGCUCGCAGAUUUGUCCUAAGAUCACAUGAAAGGCUGCACACAGGGGAGAAGCCGUAUAAAUGCAUGGAAUGUGGAAAGACCUUUGUUCGAAGAGGUCAUCUUAUUUCCCAUAAGAGCAUCCACACAGGGAAGAAGCCAUAUAAAUGCCUGGAGUGUGAAAAGACCUUUGCUUAUAGUAAUGGACUUACUAUUCACAAAGUGAUCCACACAGGGGAGAAACCAUAUAAAUGCAUGGAAUGUGGAAAGGCCUUUGCUUAUAGAACUGGACUUACUGUUCACAAAAGGAUACACACAGGGGAGAAACCGUAUAAAUGCAUGGAAUGUGGAAAGGCCUUUGCUCGAAGAGGUCAUCUUAUUUCUCAUAAGAGGAUCCACACAGGGGAGAAGCCGUAUAAAUGCAUGGAGUGUGAAAAGACCUUUGCUUAUAGUAAUGGACUUACUAUUCACAAAAGGAUACACACAGGGGAGAAACCGUAUAAAUGCAUGGAAUGUGGAAAGGCCUUUGCUCGAAGAUAUCAUCUUAAUUCCCAUAAGAGGAUCCACACAGGGGAGAAGCCGUAUAAAUGCAUGGAGUGUGGAAAGAGCUUUACUCAAAGGGGUAGUCUUAUUUGCCAUGAGAGGAUCCACACAGGGGAGAAACCGUAUAAAUGCAUGGAGUGUGGAAAAACCUUUGUUCAAAGGGGUAGUCUUAGUUCCCAUGAGAGGAUCCACACAGGGGAGAAGCCGUAUAAAUGCAUGGAAUGUGGAAAGACCUUUGCUGAAAGACGUAGUCUUAAUUUCCAUGAGAGGAUCCACACAGGGGAGAAGCCGUAUAAAUGCAUGGAGUGUGGAAAGGCCUUUCUUCGAAGAGGUAGUCUUAUUUCCCAUGAGAGGAUCCACACAGGGGAGAAGCCGUAUAAAUGCAUGGAGUGUGGAAAGACCUUUGCUCGAAGAGGUAGUCUUAUUUCCCAUAAGAGGAUCCACACAGGGGAGAAGCGAUAUAAAUGCAUGGAGUGUGGAAAGGCCUUUGUUGGGAAAGUUAUUCUUACUUCUCAUAAAAGGAUCCACGUUCAGGAGAAACUGUAUAGCAUUAGUAAUUCCACUUAGACUUAUAUACCAGUCCACAAUGCUUUAUAGCACUCUUUGAGCAGUUUACAAAAUCAGCAUAUGGUCUCCAGCAAUCUGGGUCCUCAUUUUACCCACCGCAGAAGGAUGAAAGCUGAAUCAAUCAUGACCCUGUCAGAAUCAAACUUCUCGCUGUGUGCAAUUAGCCUAUAGUAUUGCAUUCUAAACGCUGAUCCACCACCAUAGAUUUUGAUCUGUAUGCAUAUUGUGCCUUUCGGAUCCAAACGAGACAAGGUAGAAUCCAACAAAAUGAAAUUUAAUGUGGAGAAAAGUAAGUUUUUACACCUGAGCAGGAAAAACAGAUUACCUGAAACCUGGCUCAAAAAUAGUAACUGUGAAGGGUCCUUGGAGUCGGAAUGUAUGAUCAAUUAAGCAUGAAUCACCUGUGUGCGGCAGCAGACAAAAAAGCGAAUACAAUCCUUGGUUGUAUAAACAGAGGCAUAGAAUCAAAAUCAUAUGAAGUAUUAGUACCGUUCCAUGAUGUCUUAGUAAGACCACACCUGGAAUACCGCAUUCUGUUUGGGUCAUCACAAAGUGCAAAGAAGAGUAGCUAAACUGAUUAAAGGACAGAAGACUAAAACAAGAACAGUUAUAGGAACUGGGCAUGGCUAGUUUUGUUACAAAGAAAAAUACCUAACUAUAUACAUUUGUAUAAUUAAGCUUGUAUAUAUAUAUAAGUCAAAAUAUGAAGUGUGCCACAUUCCUCCCCCCUGACUCCUCCUUACCUUUUCUGACUCCGCCCACUGUAUAUAUAAGCAGCUGUUCCUGUCAGAAUCCUUUUGCCUUGCCUAAUGAUCUCCUGUGAAAAGAAACAUGUAAAUAAAACAGUGUUUUGAAUUCUCA